ACUCACAAAAUAACCACAGCAUCGAGACGAAAAGAAAACAACCUUUUUUUUUAAUUCUUCUAAUCAUUUAUGAGCCAUGUUGCUCAAUUUGCUCUGCAGUCUCACCCGAUGCUUUGGACUUUGAAGGGAGCCUCGUAUUCCGCCGUGCAUUUGCCAUUUUGACCCCACGAACUAGUUUUUCGCCCAACAACCAAGGAAUGUGGACAUACCCGGGAAGACGUUACUUUGGUAUUUUCUCAGCGCCGGUGGUGUUGGUGGCGGUAGUUUGCUGUGCUCAGAGCGUAAAUGAACACGGAAACAUGUCGUUUGUCAAGGAGACGGUGGACAACAUGCUCAGGGGAUACGACAUUCGCCUGAGACCCGAUUUUGGAGGACCACCAGUCAGCGUUGGGAUGAAUAUCGACGUCGCCAGUAUCGACCAAGUGUCUGAAGUUAAUAUGGAUUACACGAUAACCAUGUAUUUCCAACAAUACUGGAGGGACAAGCGACUGGCGUAUUCAGGGAUUCCUCUCAACCUGACUCUGGACAAUCGAGUCGCCGACCAGCUCUGGGUGCCUGACACGUACUUCCUGAACGACAAGAAAUCAUUUGUGCAUGGCGUGACGGUGAAGAAUCGGAUGAUCCGCCUCCAUCCCGACGGAACGGUGCUCUACGGGCUGAGAAUCACAACAACAGCUGCGUGUAUGAUGGAUCUACGGAGAUAUCCACUGGAUGAACAAAACUGCACACUGGAGAUAGAAAGCUAUGGUUACACCACGGAUGACAUUCAGUUCUACUGGCGGGGCGGAGAGGAUGCCGUGACUGGAGUACAUAAGAUUGAGUUACCACAGUUUUCUAUCGUGGAGUAUAGGCUGGUAUCCCGCAAUGUUGUUUUUGCUACAGGUGCGUACCCAAGAUUGUCACUGAGCUUCAAGUUAAAGAGAAAUAUCGGCUAUUUCAUUCUUCAAACGUACAUGCCAUCCAUUCUGAUUACAAUCCUUUCCUGGGUGUCAUUUUGGAUCAAUUAUGAUGCUUCAGCUGCUCGAGUGGCUCUGGGAAUUACCACUGUGCUGACUAUGACAACCAUCAAUACUCAUCUGAGGGAGACCCUCCCAAAGAUCCCCUACGUCAAGGCCAUCGACUUGUACCUGAUGGGCUGCUUUGUGUUUGUGUUCUUGGCCCUGCUGGAGUAUGCGUUUGUCAACUACAUCUUCUUCGGGCGGGGGCCGCAGAUGCAGAAGAGGCUGGCGGAAAAGAUGUUAAAAGCCAACAACAGUCGGCAUAAGUAUGAAGGCAACAGGGUGGAUGCCCACGGGAACAUCCUGCUCUCGACGUUGGAGAUCCACAACGAAGUCGCGGCGACGGAGGUGAUGACGAGCGUGACCGAAUCGAGGAAUUCGGCGAUGUCCUUUGACAACUCAGGAAUCCAGUACAGGAAACAAAGCACAGCCCGCGUAGGACUGGGCCACAGCACGCCCGAUAGAAACGCUACCACCCAGGCUAAAAAGAACCGUUUGCGCAGAAGGUCAUCCCAGCUGAAAAUCAAAAUCCCAAAUCUGACUGACGUUAACGCCAUAGACAGGUGGUCAAGGAUAGUAUUUCCAGUGGUUUUUUCCCUCUUCAACUUGAUCUACUGGCUCUACUACGUAAACUGAUGCCGAGGUACCAUCUACAAAGGUUCUGUGGACUCCGACCCAGUUAACCAGAUGAACCGACUUGCCAAAAAGUCAUUGUAGGAUUGCGGAAUGCGGCGUCACGGCUAAGUGAAUCAUUUUGCAGUAGAACAAAAAAAAAAAGAAGACGUGACCACGCAAAAAGGGGGAAACAAAAUACUCAACAACUAAAAAAAAAAAGAUAAUAAGGAAAAAUGAAAAAAAAGGAUGAUAUCCUCAGAGAAAGAGAAAGAUAGAGAAUGACAUUUCUAGCCUUGAAACAGCCCAUCAUACUUUGCAUGACACCAUGUCACCUAAACAAUGACUUAUCUGCCAUAUACACUAGGAAUUGUAAAAAUUAGUAACUGUUUGGAUCUUGCAAGAAUUGCUUUUUCUUGAAGCUGUCUUUUUCAGCUAUUUCUAAAUACAAUGGUCACGGCUGGUUAAUAUUACAAUAUUUAGUUAAUUCCCACAAUGUUCUGCAGCAUAAUAUUUCAAUGUGGAACCUUGCAGUAUUCUCCUCAGUACUUGAUACAGGAUGAUUGCAGUAUUAAUUUGGCAGUGGAUGACAUUAAGUGAUUUCAUCAUUUUACACUCUGUAUAGUUAUCAUGGUUAAUUUAUUCAUGGGCAGAAAUCUUGGGAUUAGUUGCUAUUCACGAUUAGGCACUGUGUAAAUAUACUAGUUUGAAGAAAAAAAACUUUUCAUUUUAUUUCCAUUUUCCAAAACAAGUAUUGGUAAAUUCUGUAGUUUGCUCAGUGGUAACUUCAUGAACAUUCCUGCAUACUGUUUGAAUUCUUUGAUGUUCCAUUUAAAAAAAAAAUAAAAUGUAAAAAAAAAUUAA